UUCCAAACUGCUGUUAGCUCUGUUUACCGACUUUUUUUCUACUAUCCCGUGCUACAUAACAAAGAAAUAUCAGGCAAGCUCUUUUACAAUCGUAUCGACUCCAAUCCAAAGCCGAAACGAAGAAAAGAAACGAUUUAGCCUGAAUGGGCGAAACAGAAGCGAAGUAGCAGUGAUUCCUCUUGUCGCCUCCCUGCCCAGUUACCAGCUCCUUCUCCGCCUUGUGCCUCUCUUCCUAUCCUAUCUCUGUGUCAGCUCGGCUCAGGCAGCCUCUCAGUAGUUUAGCAGGCUAGUACGGAGAGACGAGGGCUGCUCCCUUUCGCCUCUGCUCAGUAGUCUGCCCAGCACACCAUACAUUCCGCACCAUGGCUGCCAUGGACGUUGACGUAUUUUCGAAUGAAGAGAAGCGUAACCUGAGUUUGGGCGGACAUGUUGGAUUUGACAGCCUCCCUGACCAACUGGUCAGUAAAUCGGUCACACAGGGAUUUUGUUUUAACAUUCUCUGUGUAGGGGAGACUGGUAUCGGCAAGUCGACGUUAAUGAACACGCUCUUCAACACCAUGUUUGAGAACGAAGAGGCGAGCCAUUAUCAGAAUGGCGUGUAUCUGCGGCCGCGAACAUACGACCUGCAAGAAAGCAACGUCCACCUCAAACUGACGAUUGUUGACACUGUUGGCUUCGGCGAUCAGAUCAACAAAGAGGACAGUUACAAGCCCAUCGUUGACUACAUUGACACUCAGUUUGAAAACUAUCUCCAGGAAGAACUGAAGAUCAAACGCUCGCUUUUUAACUACCACGACACCAGGAUCCACAUCUGCCUUUAUUUCAUUGCCCCGACAGGACACUCCCUCAAGUCCCUGGACCUCGUCACUAUGAAAAAACUGGACAGCAAGGUCAACAUAAUUCCCAUCAUUGCCAAAGCGGACACAAUCUCCAAGAGUGAGCUGCAUAAAUUCAAAAUCAAGAUAAUGAGUGAGCUGGUGAGCAACGGUGUCCAGAUAUAUCAGUUCCCAACAGACGACGAAGCCGUCAGUGAGAUCAAUGCCUCCAUGAAUGCCCAUCUGCCUUUUGCUGUGGUUGGGAGCGUGGAAGAGGUCAAAGUGGGGAACAAAACUGUAAGGGCAAGACAGUACCCGUGGGGUGUCGUGCAAGUCGAGAAUGAGAGCCACUGCGACUUUGUAAAACUCCGAGAGAUGCUGAUCAGGGUCAACAUGGAGGAUCUGAGGGAGCAGACCCACGCCCGCCACUACGAGCUGUACCGACGCUGUAAGCUGGAGGAGAUGGGCUUCAAAGAUACAGAUCCCGACAGCCAGCCAUUCAGUCUUCAAGAGACAUAUGAAGCAAAGAGGAAAGAAUUUUUGGGGGACCUGCAGCGGAAAGAGGAAGAAAUGCGACAAAUGUUCGUCAACAAAGUAAAAGAGACGGAAUCAGAACUGAAGGAAAAGGAGAGAGAGCUGCAUGACAAGUUUGAGCAGCUGAAGCGGAUGCACCAGGAGGAGAAGAGGAAGGUGGAGGAGAAGCGCAGAGACCUGGAGGAGGAGAUGAACGCCUUCAACAGGAAGAAGGUGGCGGCCGAGACACUCUCCUUAUCUCAGCCCCUCAAGAAGGACAAGGACAAGAAAAAUUAAUUUAUGGCCGCUGCACACCCUCCCACACACGACCAUGGAUUUGUCCUCCAUCGCCAUAGCAACGACAACACCUGUUUAGUUUGUUUGUUUGUUUGUUUGUUUGUUCUUUUGUUUUGACAUUCCAUCUUGACAUUGUGCACAUGGACCAAAGACACUGAGGAUGCUCAUGAUGAAGCCACAGGGGAGAAAAGAGUGAAAGAUGGUGAGAGAUUAUGAGUAAAAAAUGUUCACUUGCCAAACAGUGGCCAUCUCAUUUAUUCAGGAUCAUUCAUUCUAUGCUUUUUUGGACACUUUUUAUA